CAUCUCGUUAUCCUCGCUUUCAUUCGGCGAGAGGUCUUCAUCAGUUCACUCUCUUGACUUGGGUCCCAGCCUUUCAAUUCAACAUGGGUCGCUUCCAAGAUCUCUCCAUAACAUUAUGGAGUAUCUUUCUAUUUAGCUCUUUGUUGUGUUGGACCCAGGUGAAUGGGACAGAGGAGACCACGCCUCCAGAGGCGGAACAGCCCGAGGACGAACCGCUGCUGGGUUAUCUGGACUACUUUCUAUUAUUGGUAUUGGGCUUGGCGGGAUAUUACUGGUAUAGCAAUCGUGAAUCCCAAGUGGAAACGCCUAUUCCGUCUUAUGUGAUCACGCCCUCCACAAUGCCCGCGGGUGAAACCGGGGAUAAGGGCUUCUUAUCGAAGAUGAAGAGUUCGAAACGGCGAUUAGUGGUCUUCUACGGGUCACAAACGGGCACGGCUGAGGAGUUUGCCGGUCGUUUGGCCAAGGAAGGUGCCCGUUAUGGCCUCAAAGGCAUUGUGGCUGACCCUGAAGAGUGUGAUAUGGAGGACUUGACCGCCAUUAAAGCGUUGGAGGAAGACCUGGAGGGUCCCACUUUAGCCGUGUUCAUGAUGGCUACCUAUGGUGAAGGCGAUCCCACGGACAAUGCUCAAGAGCUUUUCGACUGGCUCAAAGGAGGAAGUGGCGAUGUCGAAGGUCUGAACUUCUCCGUCUUUGCAUUGGGCAACAAAACGUACGAGCAUUUCAAUGCUAUGGGUAUCUUCGUGGACAAGCAAUUGGAGAAGCAGGGUGGACAACGGAUAUUCAAACUAGGGCUCGGCGAUGAUGAUUCGAAUCUAGAGGAUGAUUUCAUCACAUGGAAAGAAGGAUUUUGGCAAGCAGUAUGCGAAAAAUUCAACAUUGAAGCCAGCGCUGAAGACUUUAACAUGCGUCAAUACGAAGAGAAGGUUCUGGCGGAGGGCGAUUACAAUCCGGAGAAGCUUUAUACCGGUGAGCCUGCUCGAUUGCGCUCUUAUAUUACACAAAGAGCGCCUUUCGAUGUCAAGAAUCCAUACUUGGCUCCUAUUCGGGUGAAUCGAAAUACUCACUCUGACAAAUCGGAUCGUUACUGUAUGCAUAUCGAAUUGGACAUCAAGGAUUCUCGUAUCCGCUAUGAUGCCGGAGACCACGUGGCCAUCUAUCCCAAGAAUAACGAAGAACUGGUCAAUCGCUUGGGAGAGCUCAUGGGUGUCGAUUUGGACACCGUGUUCACCAUGACCAAUUUAGAUGAAGACUCCACCAAGAAGCAUCCUUUCCCUUGUCCAACAACUUAUCGAACAGCUUUGACGUACUAUGUGGACAUCACGGCACUGCCCCGCACGCAUAUCAUGAAAGAGUUAGCCGAAUAUUGCUCCGACACCGCAGAAAAAGAGCGUCUCCUCCUGAUGUCCACCACAUCUCUCGAAGGUAAAGACCUCUACCAUAACUGGGUUGUUGAAUCAUGUCGCCACAUCACCCACAUUCUCGAGGACAUGCCCUCAUGCAAGCCCAAAAUCGAUCACAUUAUGGAGCUCUUGCCUCGACUCCAACCCCGGUUCUAUUCGAUUUCCUCCUCGUCCCGAGUUCAUAACGACUCCAUUCAUGUGACCGGUGUAGUCGUGGAAUACUCCACCAAAACGGGUCGUCUCAAUAAGGGUGUGGCUACCACCUGGCUAAAACCCAUGGUCCCUAACGAAGGUGAAGAGUACAAGGUUCCCAUUUAUGUGCGUCGAUCCCAAUUCCGGCUUCCAAAUCGUCCACAAACCCCGAUCAUUAUGAUCGGACCUGGUACGGGUUUGGCCCCUUUCCGAGGAUUCAUUCAAGAGCGGGCGUGGCAAAAGGAUCAGGGCAAACCUGUGGGGGAGACUCACUUGUACUUUGGUUGUCGCAAUAAGGACAUCGAUUUCAUCUAUCGGGAUGAAUUGACCAAGUUUGAGCAAGAUGGCGUGAUCCAACUCCAUACCGCUUUCUCCAGAGAUCAGGAACAAAAGAUUUAUGUGAGCCACCGUUUGCGUGAAAACGCCCAGAAGGUUUGGAACCUGAUUGGGGAUCAGGGCGCUCAUUUGUAUGUGUGUGGAGAUGCCAAAAUGAUGGCCAAAGACGUGCACAAUAUCAUCACAGAAAUCUGUGAGAAAGAAGGGAACAUGAGCCAUGAGGAGGCUGUGGCUUAUGUGAAAAAGAUGGAACAACAGAAACGAUAUUCAGCCGAUGUUUGGAGCUAAAAUCCGACUUCCCAUGAACCUCUGGUAUCGCAACUUCAUUUUGAGCAGUGCCUUGUGAUGGUCAUUCAUGGUGCUCUGUCUUAGAUUAUAUACCUUUCUGACAUUUAGAUAAUAAAAGAUAUAUGAUUUCUA